GUUUCUCUGUUUUAUGUCAAAGAAUUUCGUUUGUUCGUCGUUUCAUCAAAAACUCUAUGCUCACUUUCUCAGGAAAUUUCUUCCAGCGACUUACGUCACUUCGACAAAAAUGAGAAUUUUCAACCUUACCUUCUUGUUACUUACCAUCUUAAUGGUUCUCUUUGCUGUGGACGUUGGUGAAUGCUUCAACCCCUGGCAAUCAGCCUCUCAAGGACUCAAAAGAUGGAAAGACAUUGUCAUGUGGCCUGCGGAAGUUAAGAAAACGGUUAACAACAACAUUGCAUUCAUGGGACUAUGGGGACGAAAGAGAACUUGAUAUUUCGUGCUCGAUUGUCGAUAAACCUUGGC